AUGGACAAGACGGAUAGAGACGCUGUCAUUGAGCAUGCUACGCAGGUUAAACACCUCGUGCAUGAUCCUCACAGCUUCCUCACCGAGUUGGUCGCUCAGCAACAGCAGUAUCACUGCGUCGCCUGGCUUUGCCACUUCGACAUUCUCUCCAAGAUUCCGCAGCCACCAGAAUCUAUCACCUAUUCUGAUGUCGCCACCAAGGCCAAAGUCCCGCUAUCAAAGCUGCGGUCUGUAGCGCGCAUGGCAAUGACCACUGGUUUACUCUGCGAGACCAAAAAUGGCAAGCUUUCUCAUAGUAACCUCUCUGUACAGUUCGUUACCAAUGUCCAUAUGAAGACACAGCUUCUUCAUAUCUUCAAUCAGACUGUUCCUCUCAUGGCAGGCUUGAUUAAAGCUACGGAGAAAUGGGGCGAGACGACUGCGACUAAUGAGACGGCUUACAAUAUUGUUCACAACACUGAGCUGGCGUUCUUUGAGCACUUGAAGACACAACCUGAUCUCAAUGAGGGCUUUCAGGCCUACAUGAAGAGUCGUGCUGUGUCUCAUACUGGCUCUAACGUUGAGCAUCUGCUGAAUGCUUUUGACUGGAAGUCUUUAGGCCAAGCCCAAGUCGUCGAUAUUGGCGGAAGCAGUGGCUCAACGUCCAUCAUGCUGGCGACGGCGUUCCCGUUACUCAAUCUCGUUAUUGAAGACCUCUCAGAACCCAUUGAGAACGCCAAGACGCGUAUCUCUGAUCUACCAUCAGACAUCAAGUCUCGCAUUGAGAUCAAGGCAUACGACUUCUUCACUCCCCAACCCGUCAAAAACGCUGAUGUUUACCUCUUGCGCACCAUUCUUCACGACUGGCCCGACGUUGAUGCCAUCAAGAUCCUUCAAGGCAUCGUCGCAGCCAUGGGUCCGUCCAGUCGCUUGCUGAUCAUGGACAUGGUGCUGCCAAAGCCAGGUUCUGGGUCUCGAACCUUUGAAGCGGCUUUGAGACAGAAGGAUCUUACUAUGAUUCAGUGCUUCAAUGCACAGGAGCGUGAAGUUGAGGAGUGGAAUGCCUUGCUUACCAAGGCUGAUCCGAGAUUGAAGAUACAGGCAAUUGAGAGACCUGCUGGGAGUGAGUUGUCGGUCAUUGAGGCUACGCUUGAUGAGUCUCCGGGGCAGCCGGCGUGGUUUUAG